GAUUCGAGGGUGGGGCGGCAGCGGGAGCGCGACCGGUUUCCUAGGGCGGCGGGCGGUUGUUGGUGGCUUCGCUGCUGGGCGCCUCGUCACGUAGGUUAUGCACACAGUCCUUCCCCAGGGACGGUCCGGAACCCGCCCAGGCGAUUGAGCCUUCUCCAGACCUGGGCACUCCGGAGGCUGGAGUCGCUAUGUUUCGGGUCGAGGGCUCGAGGUGUAGCUGACCAGGGGCCAUAGGGGCUGCGAAGAGCUUGCCCGAGUCGGGGCCGAGCGCGAAGCCUUUCCCCGCCCUUCGGGCUCCCGGGUUCCCGCCCGCCGAUUUCCAGCCGUCAGGGUCACGCCUCUCUCUGGAAUCCCUGAACUCUGUGCCCCCCAAGCCCUGGGCCCCCUGCGGGAAUGUUCAAAAAUGAGUACCAGGGAGGUGCAUUUGUUGAAAUCUUCAGUGCUCAGGGAAAAAAUCCUGCAGCAAAAUGGAAGAUUCUUGGCAGUCCAUCUGUGAUUUGGAAAGAGUUUGAUAAAGAAGUUAAAAGUUUUGUGUUUGUCCUGGAAGGCAGCAGCCAAACAAAUAAAAUUCAGUUACCAAAGGAGAAUAAGCAAAUCCUUGGACUGAUCCAGAGGUUUCUUGUACUUCAGAUUUAUGUACCCCUGGGACAAGACUUCUCCACCGAAUUACUAAUUACUGAUCUAGGGAACAUCAAAAGAAGAUUGUAUUUAUCAACGGUUCAUAAGGAACUAUCCUCAACCCCUCUUCAUGCAAAAAUCCCACUCUUCAUGAUCAAACGCAAAAUUUGGUGCAAUCUGUGCAUUGACUUGGUAGCAUUUACCAAUGAAAUAUUCAAGGGGGCAGUUUUCCAGUCAUUGGAUGGAAUUAUUGUUUCGGCUAACUGUAAACUACGGAAGAUAUUCACCUUAAAAUCAAAGCCUCAAGACACUACAGACAAAGAUGCUGUAUGUGGUAUUCCCUUUCCAAAAGAUGAACCUACGGACAUUAUUCCCAGAAGCUGUCAACUAACAACAGAUGUUCCACACGUCACACAGCUGCUAAAUAUGACUAAACUGCACCAAACUGAAAUAAAAUUUGGAAGUCAUCCUCUAAGUUCAGCAGAGUCAGAUCAGUUCAUUAACAGGGGAACAAGUAGUGUGAGAAAUAGUAAAAAUCAAGAUGUUUGUCAUAUCGCCUUUGGAUCCAGAGUUCUUGGACCACCUCCACUGUCUGGCAGAAGGAAUAACAUAAGGAUAUCCAGUGAGACAAUUAAACCUAUUGGGUCCAAAAACAACCGGUCGUGCCAGCAAUUCACUGUACAAAAAUGCGUAAGCAGUACAGAAAUGUCAGCCUUGCUGAUAUCUGAGGAGCAAGGAAGUAAAGAAAAUAGUCACCAAAUAAAGCAGACUAUACCUAUUCAUGCCAAUCUACAUAUUAUGCAUCCGCAUCCCCCUCAAGAACCAUCAGCAGAUAAGAAUAAUAACAGAAGAAGAUUACGGUUAAAAAGCACCAGCAGAGAAAGGACAGAGACACCCAGCGGGAAUUCUUCAAAAAAUAAUAACAAUGAAGACAAAGCAACAACAGUCCUCACCACUGGGUCCCAGCAAGGAAGGGAGACGUUGAACUCCAGCACUCUAGAACCCCAGUCUUCUGAUCAAGCAGAUGAGUGGAUAUUUCCUGAAAAUGAUGAUCACAUUCCCCAUUUGGCAUCUAGUAGACAAUCUCUACCUCUGGAUGAUGAUUCCUGCGACACUUCACACUUGUGGCUGGAAGCCAGCAAGGAAAGUGAACAGGACCAACAAGGAGAGGAAACCCAGAUGAUUCCAAAUGACAUUUUCACUUUUUCAUCAAGACCACGAUCAGCACCACAUGGAAGGACUCAGAAUAUGUCACCAGAGGGGCCCCCAUUUCUCUUGGAUCUAAAAGAAAAUAACAGUGUGACAAGGAGAGACACCCAAUUGGAGGAUGAUUUUUAUGGCAUUGACAGCAGCGAAGAGGGUAACCACAGUACCCAGGGUUCUCCAGGCCCAACAACUAGUUCUUCGGGGUUAACUCAGUUAACAUUAGAGAGCGUGCUGGGGAAGGCAGCAAGGCGGACAAGUAAAGAAUAUCUAAAAAGUGCCUACACAGAUGAGGAAGCAGCAGAAAGCCAGAAUUCCUUGGCGGAGCAAGUAGAUAGAAACAGCUUUCAACCAAGUAUGUUGCCUACACCAUGCCUUUCUCCCCCUGGAACAAGGUGUGGAUCCUCUCAGAAAACUCCAGACACCCUUAUCAAAGCAAAGAACCUACCAGCUCAUCAAGUACCAGCUUCACAAAACAAAACCUCCCUAAAAGAAAUCUCAGGGGAAAAGCUGAGACCGAUCACUGAAGUAUGUGAAUAUGACUGGAGAAACUACCAGCCAAGCCAGAUGAGCGAAUCCGAGUUACAGAUGCUGGCAAGCCUACGGCGGCAACAGAAUGAAGAGCUGGAGGAUGCAGGGGCUUCCCAUGGCCUGAGUGCGUCCCAGGUUGACAACUGUAAUGUCAGCAUAAGUACCAGCAGUGAUGACACAACCACCUGGAACUCCUGCCUGCCACCGCCUGUCAACCAGGGUCGUCACUAUCAGAAAGAAAUGAAUCCUCCUUCUCCUUCUAACCCCCGGGACUGGUUGAAUAUGUUGAGCCCACCAAUUGUUCCUCCCAGUCAACAGCCAGCUGAGCAGCAUCCAGAUUCCCCUGGAAGUUUGAGCGCUCAAGGUGAAGAAGACCUGAGUGUGGACGAGGACGAGGAAGUGCUGACUCUGUUGUAUGACCCGUGUCUGAACUGUUAUUUUGACCCCCAGACUGGGAAAUACUACGAGUUGGUGUAAUCAAUCCCUCCUUCCAGGGCACAGACUGGCCACCCCCCAUUCGGAGCACGAUAGCAGUUGGGAGUCACUACAAUUUGUGCAUUGGGCAGGCCCAAAGAAUCAACAGUAACUGAGAGAAAUGGAUUAAUUUUGUAAAUAAUAUUCAAUGCUAAGAAUACUUACUUUUUUAAUAGAUGUAUAUGAUUUUGAAACUAAUGGAAUUAAUACAGAGACAAGAUUUUAGCACUUUCAAUUGGUUCUUGUUUGUUCA